UCAGGGGGCGUAGCAAACCAGUGGGCCAUUUUAGCAAACUUAAGGCAAAUGAUGUGGCUCCCUCCAUCACAGAUGGUCUUGCUUAAUAUGAAGUUAAGCAUUCUACGCUGCCUCGAUCUCGUUAUCUCUUUUCUCACCUAUAUAGAGGAACUAUAAAAACUGUAGCUCUUAGAGCCAAACUAGCAAAAUGGAUACAGUUACUAAAGAGGGACUGCUGUUUUUGCAAGGGGUCAGAUUUGGAAAGAAGAUAUGGCGGAAAACUUGGCUGGUUCUAUAUGAGCCCAGCCCUGCUGGAAUCGGUCGCAUGGAGCUCUACGAUAUACGUGAUGGAGGAGGGCUAAAGGGGUUCACCAGUGCAAGGCCUGCAGGCUUCAGGAAAACAGACAGACGGGUGAUUCGCCUGACAGACUGUAUAAGCAUCACUCCGGCUCCAGGAGAAAGUUGUCCCAAAGAAUGCUCCGUUUUCUUUUUAAACACCACCACUUGCACCUUCACCAUUGCUGCGCCCACCCGGGAAGACUGGAUGUCUGUUCUCUGCCAGCUGGCAUUCCAGAAGACCAAUGGAACUGAAGAUGCCAAGAAGGCCCAGAGAGAUAAAUACAUGACUCUGGCUGACAGUGAUCUAUACUCGACAUGGGGUGCAGGUCAGUUCCAGGUGACAGUGCAGAGCACAGAUGCAUCUCAGAGGUGCAGGAUGUCUGGCUCAUACCUGCUGUCUUCUGAAAAAGAGGCUGUUUGCCUGCUGGACCUCAAGACAGGACAGGCCAUCUUCCGAUGGCCCUACAGGCUUCUCAGAAGAUUUGGCCAAGUCAAGGGGGGAAUUAUGAUCGAGGCAGGUAGUCGUUGUCACACAGGGGAGGGUCGGUUCAUUUUCAUGUCAAAACAGGGGUCGCAAAUACACAGAGCAAUUGAAGAGGCCAUCAUGCACCAGAGUGUCCAAGAGCUGCUAGCACAAGCCACCGUUCUUCCAGAGUUUGCAUCCCAGCCCUCUACAUCUAAAACUAAAACACAGGACAGACCAACACUUCCUCCAAUCUACAUGAAUCAAGAAAGACCCCGCCCAAUGAUACAACACAAACAAGGACAGCAAAUACACAAAACCAUUGGGGAAGCACUCAUUCAACAAAGUGUCCAAGAUCUGCUGGCACCAUCCACCCCUCUUCAAAAAGUUUCUCUACCCCCACCACCCUCACCCAAACCACUGGACAGAUCUAAAGACAGACCUAAGGUUAAUAAGCAUCCUCCAGUCAAUAUGAAUCAGGACAGACCUUGCCCACCUGUACCACAGACACCUGGGCAACCAAUGCACCAGGCCAUUGAGGAGGCUCUUAUGCACCUGAAUGUCCAAGAGCUGCUGACACCAUCCAACCCUCUUUCACAAGCCCCUCCACCCCCACCACCCUUGCCUAAAUCCAAACCAAAGAAUCGGCCCUAUGUUAAUAAGCAUCCUCCAACCAACAUAAAUCUGGAAAGACCCCUUCCAGAGGUACCACAUAGAAACAUAUCCUUACCAGAUCCUCCCUGUGUCAAAAGCCCCGUGAGAAGUCCAGAUGAUGUUUUGUAUGCCACUAUUGCACCACAACCAAAACCAAGAGCAAAAACAAAUCUCCCAAAAGUCCCAAAGCCUCCUAGUCUACCAGCACACUUUCAAAUUCACAUUAAACAGGAUGCACAUGAAAUCAUGAAUAAAGAGAAAGCGAGGGAUUCCUCACAAGAGCCUUUAGAGAGCAAAAACGAGGACAAUCCAUACACUAACAGGACAGCUACGACAACGGCCGAACAGGACCAACUGAACAUCGAGGCACUAUACAGCACGGUGAAUUUCGCAGCUAAGCAUAAGAAUAGACAGAUUGAGGAUAAUGAUGGUCAAGAGCAGCCCAACACAGACCAGCAAACUUCUGUUACCACUUCCAUGGAAAUCCCUGUCAACUUCAAACAGACACUUUCUAGCAUCCUGUUUAAAGAGCUGUCCAAGAUUCCGCCCCCUUUACCUUCCAGGUCACACGGAGGAAGUUCCGAUCAUUUAGAAAGACUAGAUGAGCAGAUGACCGAUUAAUGUUUCUAUGUCGACAGUUGGAGUUAAUUUCACUGCUAAUUAAAGUUAAAGUCAUAGUGAAAUCACAGUGGACACUUUUUGCUUACUUAAUACACAUUUCUCGUCUUACUGAGAGACUCUUCAGCACACUGAUUAAUUUAUUCCAAAGCAAAGAAUUGUGUCUUCAUAAUUUGUCAUCUAAGAGUAAUAACUUGCUCUGCCUCCACCCUUAACACGUGUGAUUUUCUUCUGUGGAUACAAACAAAGAUUUUUUGAAAGAUGAUGUAUCCAAAAAGGACAUAAAGGCAGCAAAAAAGUAAUCCAUUUUACUGUAGUGGUUAAAUCCAUGUCUUCUGAAGCGAUACUAUUGCUUGGGUGAAAAAGGAUCCAAAUUUAAGUCCUUAUUCACUAUAAAUCUUCACAUCUGGCCUGAUUGGAACACAGGCUUCAAGACAGUGACACUUUGAUGCUGCAUGCGGUUACCAGGUACUCGAUCCCGGUAUCAUUACACAUCAUGAAGACGUUGCAUUUUCAUUUUCUAGUGUUUUCCAUAAACCUACUAUCAAAAAUGUAACCUUCCAGUCCCAAAAAAAGAAGAAAAAAAAAAUAAUUCUCACCCACACCUAUCAUAUCGCUUCUGAGGACAUGGAUUAAGCCACUGGAAUCUUACACCCUGUCUACCCCGGACGCGACAUGCCACGCCGACAAUAAACGGGUGUCCUGUUCCAUUGCGCUACUACACAAAUUAAAUGGUUUAAAAUGUUUGUGUCGACGCAUCCAGUGUAGACAGCCUCAGACCAUUGCGGAGCGUCGCAUCAACGGAUGCGUCCGUAGUAGGGUGUUAUGGAUUACUUUUAUGCAGCCUUUAUGGAGCUUGAAAGUUUUUAACUCCAUUGACUUGCAUUAUAUGGACAAAAACUCCUCAUAAAUUCUUUAAAAAAUUGUUUGUGUUCCGCAGAAGAAAGAAAGUCAUAUACAUCUGGGAUGGUGUGAGGGUGAGUAAAUGAUGAGAGAUUUUUCAUUUUUGGGUGAACUGUGCCUUCAAAUUUAAACAUUUAAUAAUCAUUUGCAUGUGUAAAAUGUUGUGAGAUGAUGUCUAUAGCCACAGUUUUCCUGAAUAUCAACAUCAUGAUAGUUCUGAUUGUUGCUGGACUGUUUUUGAAGAAGCAAUGUAAAAACUAUCCAAACAAGCAAUUUAGAAAAAAAAAAUCGCAGUUGUUGGCUGUCAAAACAACAACUCAGAGUGGUAAUGAUAUCAACAUAACAGGAAAGUGUUUCAUUAAAGGUGGAUAAACGAUGUACAUGCUUUGUAUGUGUCAGUAUUGUAAGUUAAGUAUUGUAUAUCCAAUUACUUAUGCUAUUAAUAUGUGUAUAUUGAAGCAAUUCUCGUAGGCGGGGCACGUUGUAACAUGACCGUUAUGACAGCUUAAAAUCCCCUUCUAACAACUAUAUCUGAUCGAAUUUAAAUAAAUAGGGAAUUAUGUAAAUUAUAUGACUGCAUUGAAUUGCAUUUUGUUUGUUCUAAUUGGGGCACAAUGUAACGCAGUGUUACAACGUGUCCCGUCGGCGCAACUGGGAUUUAAACCUGACUAGUCACUUGGACUAGAUAAGAAUUAAAAGGCUAUGUUAGAUGCUAGCUAACAGAUUGGAGAUUAAAAUGAUUCCAAGUUUGACUCGUUUUAAAUAAACACUAUAAACAAAGAUGAAAAUUAACUUUCCUGUUAAUUUUUACUUACUAAAAAAUGAACUUUUGGCGAUAUCUUCCAAAGUUUUUUUAAUUUUGCCGCAAUGUUUUCUCCACACAGUGUUGAUAUGGCAACAAGUAAACAAACGUAAACGUCUUACCAGCGUGUGUGGAAACGUUUAAACCACGUGUGUUACAACUAGCCCCGCUCUCCCCUAUACAAUAAAUGUAUACUGUAAAUAAAAGGAUCAAUUCGAAAUGUAUGAAAAAAGAAUCUUUAUUAAACUUUUGAGGUAAUAAAAAAAUCACA